UUUCCCAUAAACGUCCAGAGUACUCCUUUAACCUUCCGGUGUUGACUAAUCCAAAUCCGAAUAAUAAAGAAAUUGAAAAAAAUUGGGACUCUCGUCGGUCGCAAUCAGUUAGCCGAUUCCCUCCGUUUAUAUGCAUUCAGAAAUCACCACCCCUUUCACCCGCCACCUUUAUUUUUCCUUUACACGCUUCGUCUCUUCAAUUCUUUUCAUUACUGAUCCUCUGCACCAAACCUACGUACGUAAAGUACCUACAUAUAAACAACUUUACUAGGUGAAGGAAGAGUAAUCAAAAUUGUUACUUUUAUUUUGCUGAAUUGUGGGUGACAGUGUUGAAUUGGGGAUAGUUGUUUGCUAUAUUUGACUGAUCUGAAUCAAUUAAAGAGCUAGGGUUCGGAAUUUUGUUGAAGUUUUAUUCCUUUUGAGGAAGAGAAUGCACCAGGAUUCGGCGUCCGAGCAGGAACUGGACGAUUCUGAAUCCGAGCCCGACUUCGUAGAGCUCGAUCCUACUGGUCGCUACGGUCGGUAUAAGGAGGUUCUGGGAAAAGGAGCUUUUAAGAAAGUAUAUAGAGCUUUUGAUGAAUUGGAGGGAAUAGAAGUAGCUUGGAACCAGGUUAAAGUGGCUGAUCUCUUGAGGAAUGCUGUGGACUUGGAGCGUCUUUAUUCAGAAGUUCAUUUGCUUAAAACCCUCAAGCACAAGAAUAUCAUCAAAUAUUUCAACUCCUGGGUUGACACAAAGACUGAGAAUAUCAACAUCAUUACUGAAAUAUUCACUUCUGGGACUUUAAGACAAUACCGUAAAAAACAUAAGAAGGUUGAUUUGCGAGCACUCAAGAAUUGGUCUAGGCAGAUAUUGGAGGGACUGUCAUAUCUACAUCGUCAUGACCCUCCAGUUAUUCAUCGGGAUCUCAAGUGCGACAACAUUUUCGUCAAUGGUAACCAAGGAGAGGUGAAAAUCGGUGACUUGGGACUCGCAGCAAUUCUUCGUAAGGCUCGUUCAGCUCACAGUGUCAUUGGUGAGGUCUUGGUCCAAUUUGCUAAUUUCUGCAUCUUUUCAAGGUUGCAAUUGUUUGUGUUGUUUAGAUGGUAUCUUAAGAGAGCAAUUCUAUAUUUAAUCUCAGGCACUCCGGAAUUCAUGGCACCAGAACUUUAUGAGGAGGAAUAUAAUGAGCUAGUAGAUAUCUAUGCUUUUGGCAUGUGCUUACUGGAGCUGGUGACUUUUGAAUAUCCCUAUGUUGAGUGUGCAAAUGCUGCUCAGAUAUAUAAGAAAGUGACAGCAGGAGUUAAGCCCGCAUCAUUGGCAAAAGUGAAGGAUCCUCGAGUUAAAGCAUUUAUAGAAAAAUGUAUUGCAAAAGUUUCUGAGCGGCUGCCUGCUAGUGAACUAUUGAUGGACCCCUUUCUUCAGUCAGAUGAAGAUUCUGGAAGCAUAUCUAAAUCCUUGAGUUCCCACCCCAUACAUACAGAUAAGAGUGAUGACCAAUCUGACAGUGGAAGAAGUCCCAAGGAUCCUGUGGCUGAAGGAAGCAGAGAUUUCACAGUGCAGGGCCAAAGAAAGGACCUAAACACAAUUUUUCUUAAACUGCGAAUAACUGAUUCAACAGGUCAUAUUAGGAAUAUUCACUUCCCCUUUGAUAUUGAAGUUGAUACAGCAAAUGCUGUUGCUAGUGAAAUGGUUGAGGAGUUGGACCUGACAGAUCAAGACGUCUCUGCUAUUGCUGAUAUGAUUGAUUCUGAGAUCCGGUCAUAUAUCCCAGAUUGGGAACCAAAAGAAUGUUCUAGCAAUCACAUUACUGAUGAAGUUACUCUUUCUGAGGGCAGUACCUCUGAAGCUCGUGAAGUUGCUCCUUCUGAGAGCAGUACCUCUGGAGCUCGUGAGGAUGUUUCCCCCUCAACAAUUGAUUCUACUCGUUCUGGUGGUCUUGUGUUGGAAAGACUUCCUUCAGGUCGUAAGUACUGGUCUGAUUCACCAAAAGCAACCAGUAGUGCGAGCUCUCCGCUCAGACCGGGGCCUUCAAAUCUGUCACAGGCAGAUUCACCAAUUGCCGAGGGUAGCUGGACUGACGAAAACGAACAAUCAUCUAUCAGCCAGAAAGAGGGAAGCAGUUCAGGUGAUGAUGCUUUUGAGCAUGAAGAGAAUGAAACUGAAAAUGAUAUGGAUGAAGAGGCUGGUGUAUUUCCCAAUUCAAACACAGGUGAUAAGAACCAGUCUGCUGAUUUAAUUUCUGAGACCGAGUGUCAUUCGUUAGAGGGAAGAAACAAUCAUCUCAGUAAGAACUGUUCGGCUGACAUUGGAGAAAUUGUGGAGAAACUUGAGAAGCUGCUAGAAAAGCAGCAGAAGGAGCUAGACGAGCUCAGAGAGAAACAUGACUUGGCUAUCUCAGAUUUUAUGAACAAACUUCCUCCUGAGUUACACAGCAGAGUGCGUGCUAUUUGUGGUCACAAAUUGUCUCCCCAUAGGCUGCACUAUGAAAGAGGCUGCUCGAAUUCAAACUCUGCAGACCCAAGCCCCUCUUUUCAGAUAUAUUCCAGAAUGCUGAAAAAUAUUAGAGCUUCUGGCAAUGGUUACAAGCAAAAUUCAGUAGCUGGAAGUGUUUUGAAUGGACCUAUAUUUAGACGCUGUUUCAGCUCUGUCAAGGGCAACAUCAGUUCAGGAUUGGGAAUUGCCGUAAUUUUGAAAGAGGAGGCAGGAGAGUGAUCUGUCAGUGAGUGGUGCUUCAAUUUGCCUCCGGUGAGUUUAUUGUUAGAUGACAUAUUCAAACUUACGCUGUCCACGAAGAGUAGAUUCCGUAGUCCUUCGGAAGGUUUUGUUGACCCGUUGAAACAGUUUGAAAUCUCAUAUUCACGUAUGGGAUGCCUCAAGCUGCAGCUACAAUAGGUUCUUGCAUUUUCGUGAUGUGUAUACUUGUACAUAUUUACAUUUGUAUUUAGCAAAGGUCAAUUGGUUUAAAAUCAUGCAUAUUGAGAUUUACCUUCAUAGGUUUCUUUAACAUUAUCAGAUAUGUCUUAUAGACCCGUUAAAAGUUACUUUGGUUGUGAGAUUAUCAUUAGUUUGUGAGAUAAUUUGAUCUCUUAAGCGGAUGGCUAAUGUUUGUUGUUGUCCCUUCUAUUUUUGUUUUUACAUGAUAAUAUGAUGAACAAAUAAUUUGUUAUU